GUGGCAAUGAGAUAAUAAAACGAGGGAAAAAGGACGAUUUUACAUGAUUGAUUAGUUUGACUUAAUUAAUUUUCUUUUCUCAUUCUCCUCUCUCCCUUUUUCUUCAUCUUCUCAUUCUUUCCUCCUCCUUUGCCUGCCUAUUUCUUCAGGAUAAAUGGAAAAAUACCCUUGAUUGGAUUUGAACCAGUUUGAUCUUGUCGUGUUUUGGGUUAAUACACAUUACUCUUUCAACAAUAAACAUUUCCCCAUUUGGGCCUCUUAAGAUUUGUUAGGUAAAUGUACAAGGAAGAAAUUAGGUGAAUUCCUUCCAUUAAUUAGAAAAGAGGGUCAGAUAUAGUGAAACAAAAACAGAAAUUUUGAAUUGGAAAAGGAAUAGAAGAGAGAUUGAUCACAUGGGUUAUCUGAACUCAGUAUUGUCACAGUCUACAAGCCAAGUCCACGUCGAUACUGCCCCGGUCAGCGGCGGUGGCCUUAGUCAGAAUGGAAAAUUCAGCUAUGGAUAUGCAAGUUCUCCGGGUAAAAGAUCUUCAAUGGAAGAUUUCUACGAGACAAGGAUUGAUGGUGUUGACGGAGAGGUGGUCGGUCUCUUUGGAGUCUUUGAUGGCCACGGUGGAGCUCGAGCUGCAGAAUAUGUCAAACAUAACUUAUUCAGCAAUCUGAUAAGGCAUCCAAAAUUUAUUUCUGACACUAAAUCAGCUAUAUCGGAUGCCUACAGUCAUACGGAUUCGGAAUUCCUGAAAUCUGAGAACAAUCAGAACAAAGAUGCUGGAUCUACUGCUUCCACAGCUAUCCUUGUUGGCGAUCGGUUACUGGUGGCAAAUGUUGGAGAUUCAAGAGCCGUCAUUUGCAGGGGUGGUGAUGCUUUUGCUGUCUCUCGAGAUCAUAAACCAGACCAGACAGAUGAGAGACAACGGAUUGAAGACGCUGGUGGCUUCGUGAUGUGGGCUGGCACUUGGAGAGUCGGAGGAGUGCUUGCUGUAUCUCGUGCAUUUGGUGAUAGACAGCUGAAGCAGUAUGUCGUUGCUGACCCAGAUAUUCAGGAGGAAAAGGUCGAUGACACCCUCGAGUUUCUCAUCCUCGCCAGCGAUGGGCUUUGGGACGUGGUGAAAAAUGAGGAGGCUGUUUCUAUGACUAAACCGAUCCCAGAUCCCGAAGAUUCUGCCAAGAGGCUGAUGCAAGAAGCUAACCAGAGAGGAAGUGGCGAUAACAUCACCAUUGUAGUUGUCAGGUUUCUGGCUGCAAAAGUGGAAUCAUCUCAUACCACUACCACCCAAUAAGACUGAUUUCUUCUUCGUUUGAACAAAAAAAGGAAACAGCAAUAGGGAAAGCUUGUGCAACAGUACUCAACUGUAAAAACAAAUAGAUACCAGUCUUUGCUAAGAUGCACUACUGAAGAAGACUACAUAGGCACCAAGAAUGUCUGUAACUUGAGUUCUAUAUUUUAUUUAUAUGAAAUCUGGGAUUAUUCACUAGUGACUUAGUCUGUAACGUAUAAAAUUAUAUGAAAUGUGUUGUGAUUUGCGUCUA